GAUUUCUUUCAUUUCUUUCCUUUCUUUCCUUUCCUUUCUUUCCUUUCCUUCAUUUCUUUCAUUUCUUUCUUUCCAUUUCUUCCAUUUCUUCCAUUUCUUCCCUUUCUUCCCUUUCUCUCCUCUCUGUUUUGCUGGUAAUUCUCCAAUCCCUCCACGCGUCAAUUUCGCGUUUCUUCGAAUCUUGACGUCCCCACAAUCUCAUUGGAUACGCAAAUCAUUCUCUGUCCCCAGUGCUGAUGCUGUACCACAUGAAAUCCUUCCAAUCCAUCCAACGUGCAUAAGAAGUGCCAACUAGCUAUUUGACGCAUGGCUUCUAUUCUUCUAUGUUUCUACCGGUAGAAAUUACGGCCCAACUGCCUUGGGGGUUGCAGAGGUUGCUUUGCUCCCGCUGCUCUCCAGCUGUUCGUUUCUCGUGGUGCAACCCUCACAUCACGAGUAUAUAUCAUGAUGACAACAAGAAUAAGGAAAAGGCCGAAGCGCGCUACACCGACAUUGCACCAUCACAUUCUCGAAUGAUCGUAUCCGUCUCGGCACUUUUGGAGUGAUGCGGUGUGUGCGCAUUCAUGGUUCAUGCAUGGAGGAUAAACAAGCAUCGCGAAGAAGAACAAGAACACGGGAUGCGAUAGAGAUUUCCGAUGGAGAAGAAGCAAACCUCCAGAGAAAGAGAUGCUUUAGGAUACUCGAUAUUGAUAUUGACAUUGAUAUUGACGAGAGUUGUUUUCUGGUCACGUUUCCUAUCGCUUCAUCUAAAUUGACUUGGGCGGAUCCAUGAGGCUUAUUAAUCAGCAACUCUCACAUACAAUGUACACACACCACACGUUCGCGUCUAUCCCACAUUCUCACGUCUUGCUCAGAUGUCUCAAUGCAUCUUGUCAUGUCAAGCUUGCAAAUCAUCAGAACUUCGAGAUUCAUUACACACGUGAUGUAUUUCUACAUCGCCUUACAUAUUAUUACCUCAAUACUGGUGUACUUGAUAUUCUCUGUUGGUUCAACUCGUAUCCUUCGAGAAUCACAGAAUGUGACAAACAUGGUCAUAUCAUCUUGCGAACCAGCUUCAUGAUUCCGCGCCACAUAUGUGCUACCCUCCACCUGAUUUGAGACAUUGAAUUUCUUUUCCGUUUUAUCAUCCGUAAGGGGUAAUAUUGCUGCAUAUGGCAAUGUAUGAACGAUUACUCUGUCCAUUCCAUUCUACACUUUCAUUAACAUCAUCGCAUCUUCAAAGUCUCACGAAUGAUCGAAAAUGGUCCUGUCACAACAAUCAUUUCAAUUUUUCAAGUUUGGUUUAGUAUUCAUUGUUACCAUCAGUCUUGGGUUUCAUCUUUUUUCAGAUCACAAUUAUCAUGAGACUCUUCAGGUCGCUGUCUCGGGGAAGAAAAGAAUCUUCGUUCAAAAGGCUCUUCGGGCAGAUAUUGAUGGACCUUUCGAUGAUUCGACUUUGAUUGAUGUUUGUGAAAAUACUGAAUGGAGAGAAGGAUUGAUUUUUCAAUGCGAAGCACCAUAUGGAGGUGUUGCAAACAUUCGAAAUAUGUUAUUGAAUUGUAUUCGAUAUGCCAUUGAAGCUGGAGCAACAUCAAUUGUCGUCCCGGAACUUAAACUCUGGAUACCUCAUAAUGAUAGCCCCAAUACACCGGAUCCAGAACUGAAUACCGGACUACAAAGUAGGAAAGAAAAGGAUAAUACUGCGCAUGUUCCAUUUUCAUAUCUUUUUGACCUUGACUUCUUGAAAGAAUCGUUGACUGAAGCAUGCCCUCGGGUCAAGUUCAUUCCACAUAUCAACGACUUGUAUGCGGCUCCCAGCACUCAAAAUCCACAUCCACUUGACCCAGGUUCAUUGUCAGAAAAACUAGGAGAGCCAUUUGAAUCUCUCCUUUCCAAUCCUGGCACAUGGGCUAAUGAUUUCACAACCUGGCUUAAUGAAACGAACUUUAAGUUUUCGGAAAAACUUCCCAUGCGUGUGACAAUCAAAGAGUCGUUACUACAAUGGCCAUUGAAUUACGAUGGUUCCGACUUUGUCUCUCAGUUUGGCCGACUAAUUCGUCCCAAUCUAGAAAUCCGCACUCUAGCCUCAACAGUCCUCUACACAAUGUCUCGGAAAUAUAAUCUUCGAUUCAAUGCCAGUGAAGGAAUGCAAGAUGAAAUGUACUAUGGCGCACAUCUUCGAACAGGCGAAGACGCCAAAGCAGCCAAUUGGACUAGUGUUGAAAAACAAACCCAGAAUUAUCUUCAAGCGUGCAAGCACAAUAAACUUCGAGUAGUCUAUCUCGCCUGCACUUCUGAAAACGAUAUCAAACACUUUACCUCUCUCGCUCAUAGUUACACUACAUAUCAUAUCCAUGUCGCUACGGCCUCUAAUCUACUAACUCUUCACCCCAGAGAUCUAGCGCUCUACACUUCUCUCUCUCCCCCCCAGCGCUCUCUAAUCGACCAUGAAGUACUUCUCAAAUCUUCCAUCUUCGGCGGUACCCUCGAAUCAUCAUAUUCCUGGAACAUAGCACUUCGCAGACACAUCGUAUGGGGAAAUGGAACAUGGAUACCACAAGCUGAAGACUUUGUAUUUGAUCGCGGAAGUGCGGAUAAAGAUCAAAAUGAGAAAGAUGCGGGUGCGAUUGGGGGACCGGUCGGUGGAUAUGGAGGGGGUGGAUUCCAGAGUUUUAGAGAUGGAGCCGCGGGGGUAGGGAAGGAUGGAUUGAGGAAUCCGGGGAGGGGUGGGUAUGGCUUGAGUGUUGUUUUUGGAGAUCCGUUGGGGGGGCAGGAGUGGGAGAGGGGGUUGUGGCCUUGAGGGUUACGAAUUAUUUUGGAGGAGGGGUCACGGAUAUGAUGACUGAUAAUUUUUGUUUUGUUCGAUUAUGAUUAUGUUUGAAGUAUCUGUUAUUGCAAUUUUGUAGCAAAUCCCGCAUCUAUUUAAUGUAGAGACUGUGGAGUAUUAUUUCACAUGAGAUCUAGCGGGAAGAGAAAUUAUUUGUCAUAUUGUCCCCUUAUAUCAAUUUCCUAUAACACAUUUCCAGCAGUUGGCGAAUUCUACCUUGAAAUCUUUUUAUAUGGUAUCUUGUUCUA